GCCAAGCAGCCACGGAGAAGGCCAAGAAGCCGAACAAGCGAGGAGGCAGGUCGGCGGACACGCGUCAGCACCGCGAGCUCCGAGGGACCGCCUUUAGGAAGCUCAAGGCGUGCGGCAGCAGAGCGCAGCUCACGCAGGAGGAGCGAGCAGCGGUGACGAGGCAGCUGAGAAGCGACAUCGAGAGGCUGACGACGGAGAGUCAGAACAUGAGACAGGAACUUCAGAACAGAGACGUGACGAUCGCAGAGAUGCGAGGUCAGCUUCAAGCUCAGCAACAGGCUCAGCAGCAGCGGGUAGCCCCGCGCGGCGAGAUGAUGGAUCCGAAGAUUCUUCACAAGGUGAAGCCGUUCGACGGCCACAGGGCGAGUUGGAAGACGUUCAGUUUCCAGUACAGAGCGUACCUGAUCGCCCAGGAUCGAAGGUACCGAGAUCUUCUGGAAAGGUGCGAGGACGGAGCCCAGGAGGUGGACAACGUCAACCUGGACGCGCAGGAGGAAGAGCUAAGCACGCAGUUGUACUACGGCCUGGUCCUGGCGAUGCCCGAGGACUCAGUAGGCGAGCUGAUCGUGAGGAACAGCCCAGUAGGAGAAGGAGCCGAGUGUUGGAGGAAACUUCAGAAGGAGUACAACCCGAGCGAGGCAGGAAACGUGCUGGCGAUGUGGACCAAGCUCACGGACACGAAGUUCGACGCCAAAGAAGACGUGAUGGUGAGCAUCAGCAAGCUGGACGAGGACAUGACAAGGUACCAGAAGAUGGCAGGAGAACCAGUCUCGGACCUGAUCAAGCGAGGCAUCCUUACAAAGGCGCUGAAGGAUCACGACGAGCUGCAGAAGCACGUGUUUCGGAACAGCAGUCGGCUAAGUACGUACGAGCUCCUGAGAGCCGAGGUGGUGUCGGCGUUGAUGGCAGAGCGAGCGGUUCAGGACGACCCGAUGGAGAUAGGCGCGCUGAAGGGCGGAAAGAGACCGUGGAAAGGCCGCGGCAAAGGGAAAGACGGCAAGGGCAAGGAGAGGCCACCGAAUCCCGACGCCGAGAUCGAGUGCCACUACUGUCACAAGAAGGGCCACCGCAGCGCAAACUGCCGAAAGCGGAUCGCCGACGAGAAGAAUACAUCCGAGAAGGACAAGAAGGACAAGAAGCAGCUCCGUCUCAAGAAGCGCAGCCACACGAUCGACUGGAAGUACUGCUUGCCUAGCUACCACCAAUAUGUCUGCUGCUCUUGCAAGAAGACCUUUGAAGGAUGGCGAUGGCACUUCGAUCAGUGGAAGCUGGACUACUGUGCCGCGUGUGCCGAGUACUGCCUGGACAACUGGCAUGUCACCGUCGCUGGUCUUCGGCCCGUGGAUGAAGAUCAGAGCCCUGCAGAUGACCGAUUGCGGUUAGCCCCGCUUCGGAAUGCGAUCAUGCUCGACUCAGGUGCGCAGAUCAGUGCGAUACCGAGAUCACAGGUGACCAAGCAUAACUACACGCCGACGGACAGCAACGUUGUCGGCUUGAAGGGCAUAGGAGGCGAGGAGAUCGAGAGGUACGGCCACGUGGUCACUGGAUCAUCAACGGUACCGUCGAGCCACCUGACGGAGCUGAGUUCGUACCUCUACGGCGUCACCAAGGAACCAGCUGAUGAGAACAAGAUCCCGAAGGUCAUGUUCGACAUCUUUUACGUAGGGACGGACCAGCUGGCUGCGAAGUACAAGCUUAAAGGAGGUUACUUCAGCAUCAGGGAGAAGAUGUCGGUCACGAAGGCCGAGCUAGACCAAGCGGUCUCUGUCUUGAAUGUUAUCGACUGUAAGAUCUUGGCUCAGGCGACGUUGUACGCGAACAAGGAGACGGAUGACUACAAGGUGUCCUUCCUGCUAGGCGUGCUGGAAGCUUGGGGCCACACAACAGUCAUACUUCAGACAGACCAGGAGCCUGCCACCAUGGCUCUGGCGCAGGCAGUUCGAGAUCGCAGAUCACACUCAACCUUGGUGCGGGGAUCACCGCCCUUUUCCAAGCAAAGUGCAGGCUACGCUGAAGGAGCUAACAAGCUAGCAGCUGGUCUACUUCGAGCCUACAAGCUGAAGCUGGAGCACAAGCUGGGCUGUGAGAUCAAGAUGACGGAUCCGAUCGUGCCAUGGCUUGUGAACUCAGUGGGGUGGAUGAUUACCAGAUUCCAGCCUCGCAGUCACGGAGGUUCCUCCUACAAGAUGCUCUACGGCAAAGAGUACAACGGCGAGAUUGCGGAGAUGGGUGAGCAGGUCUGGUAUCGGAUCUCAGCCAGAGUUGCCGCGGGACGUGGCAAAUGGGAAGCCCGCUUCGCAAAAGGAAUCUGGGUUGGUAAGAGUGAGCUGGACGACACACAUCUCGUGAUCGAUCCUGAACGUGGAGUGCAGAAGGUCAGAACGGUGCGAAGGAUGCCUGAGGAGUUCAGAUGGCAGCCCGAGCUCAUCCAGCACAUCAGGGUGACGCCCUGGAAGCAGACGCCCGACAAGAGUUCAGGAACGAUCGGACGCAGCAUGUACAUCACGGAGCGCAUGAUCGAUGCUCAUGGUCCUACUGACGAGUGCAGGAAGUGCAGUACAGGAUACGGUUCGCAUUCGGCAGCCUGCCGACAGCGUUUCGAGACCAUUCAGGCCGACUUGCUGCGCGAGAAGUUGGCAAAGGACCCUGUGGCCCCUGAGGUGCAGACAGCCAUGGACACGGAGAAUGGCGAGCUCAGGAGCCACUUCGGAGAUCCUGAGGAUCAGCAGGUGGAGCAGAUGGUUGAGGUGAGCGCCGAGCUGCAUGAGAAAGACCAGUGGAGCCCAAAGACGAUACACUACGAUUACUAUACUGGAGAGCCUCUGGAUGAGGACCUGUAUCAGAAGGGUCGCGACGACGAGCUGCAGGCCAUGAAAGACUACGGGGUCUACGUGGAAGUGGCGACAUCGACGGCGACUGACGGCAAGCACAUUGGAGGUUUCCCGAUAGCCCACAUGAAAGAAGGAAAGGUCAGGUGGAGGUUCGUAGCAACCGAGGUGAACAAGUACGAGGUCAGGGAGGACAACCACCAAGGCACGCCCCCGCUCAUGAUUGUCAGAGCGACGCUGAGCCGUGCCGCUUCAAGUCCAACUUCCAGCGGGCAGCACCUGCGGAAGAUACAAGUCUGGGACGUCAGGAAGGCUUUCUUCAACGCUGACUUAGACGAGACGAUCUACGUGCAUCCUGGGAGAGAGCUGUGUCCGCCUGGAAGGUGCUGGUGGUUACGCAAGGCCAUGAACGGUACCAGGAAGGCGUCGCAGAUGUGGGGUGAGCUUGUGAGAACUACUAUGGACGACGGCCAUUGGGAAUGCUUGGUUGGAACUCCUAACGUGUUCUACUUACCUGCUAGCCCCAACACAGCCCCCUUCGACGAGGAUAGCACAGCGAUCUGCCAUGGCGAUGACUUUCUUGCUGAAGGCUACGACGAGCAGCUGGACGAGCUGGACGAGUUGUUGAAGCAGCAGUUUGAGGUCACGGCCAGCGCCAGACUUGGACCAGGAGCGGUGGGGCAGACUACAUACCUCAAGAGGACGAUCGGCUACACCGACAAGUUGCCAGGUUGCGAGGAGCCAGGUUUCUUCUGGACUGCCGAUCCCAAGCAUGUGGACUUCAUGAUCAAGUGGACGCAGAAGCGAGGACUUCAGUGUAAGACUUACCUGAUCGAGACCCAGAGGCCCUGCAACCUGAAGAUCUAUAGUGACAGCACAGCUGGACGUGGCAUGUGCAGCCGAGUUGGGGUGGGCAAGGUCAGGCAUCUGGAGCUGAGGUACUUGUGGAUUCAGGAGCGGUUGCGUCUCAAGGCGUUCGAGCUUCACAAGGAGGACACCAGCAAGAUGACAGCCGACAUGCUCACGAAGUACAGCGAGUGGCCGACAAUCGAGAAGCAUUGCACCACUCUCAACCUCAGGUUCGGAAAGCAGAUGACGGGCUUGAGCGCAAUGGCAGUUUUCACGGAGGUCGUGACGAAGGCGUCAGGCGAGAAGGUGACAGUGUACGGAGGAUCUGACGAGGUUGCGGUUUGCCCCGCGCCUGUCAGCCACUAUGUGGAGAGCGAGGAGUUCAGGUUCUACUUGAUGUUGGGACUUGUUAUGGUGACUGCAGCGAGUACUUUCUUAUUGGGGUGCUGGUGUGGUUGCUACUUCAAGAACUUCUACGACAAGUUCCUCCUCCAGGGUGCGGUUAGCCCCGCCUCUGGAAGCACGUGUCCACCAUCUGCGCGGGCUGACGUCGAGUUCAAGACCGUGUGUGCACAGCAGGACAAAGGUGCAAGGCACAAGCUCUUAAACACGUUUCUUGUGGCUGAGCUGCGAGCUGUCUUGAAGGCCAAGAGCCUGGCCGUGUCAGGGAUCAAAGAAGACCUGGUCACGAGGAUGAUCAAGCACGGAGGUGUUCUGUCGGAUCGCCAGGCCAAGGAGAUCGAGCAGCUGCGGGUGAUGGCUACAGCGCAUGGACCUCUUGCCAAGCUUAGCUUGCAGGACAUCAGCAGUCCAGAGGCUGCGCAGAAGUGGAUCGAGACGUUCAAGGGCGAGUGCCGAGACCGUUCCAGAGGCUCUCAGGUGAUCCACGGAGAGGGCUAG